AUGGUUAGUCCAGCAACUGCGCAGCCAGAUAGUAAUCUCGCUAGUACUAGCGUUAGAAAUGUUAAUCUGAUCAAGCCUACUGGCACAAAAAUUAAAGAUGAAUUAGAGACUAAUUGGUCGAAUACGGUCCGAUCUUCUGUUCAACAAAAGUUACCAGAACAGGCUAAAGAAGCCUUACAGCAUAAUGAGGAGAAUCAAGAAAAUGAAGCACCAAAAAAAAUAAUACCUCCUCCUGCUCCCAUACCAGCUGUAAACGUAUGGCAAGUAAGGAAGGAGGCUAUAUAUGCCAAAAAUGUCGCCGUUUCUAAUGACAAAGAAAAAGAAGUACUGAUUGAUACUCACAAAAGAACAGAUAAUCAGGAUAAUGAUCAUGAACCUUUAGAUGAAGAUUCUAGGAGGUAUAAUAAGAAAGAAUCAAGAAAACCAAAAUCUCUGCCAAUGCUACCACCAUUGGAGGAUCAAACAAUUUGGCCUGCUCCUGCUGAAGUCUUGAUUAAAGACAAAGAAAAGGAAACAAAUGAUUCAUCGGAAAAGAAACAGUCUAAUGAGUCAAAUAUCAAAAAAGAAGAUAAUACUAAAAAAGGUAAAGGUAAAUGGAUGCCAUACAAAGUAACUAUUACUCAUAAUACUCCAUUACCUGGUCAUGAACGGUCGAAAGCUCGUCGUCGUAGUGAGGAUCACAUUGGUCUACGAGAACAACAAAGAUCAAAUGAUAAACCUAAUAAUAAUUCCGAAGUUGAACCUAGCAAUCCACCUCCUAGAAAUCCUAGUCCUAAUAGACGUCGUGCUAGUGUGCCCCCACCAACAAGGGAAUAUACACGUCAUUAUUCGCAACAAAAUGAUAAUAGUGGACAAAUUGGUCACCAUAUUAAUGCUGGGCCUCAUUAUCGUGGACGAAGAGGAAGAGGUCGUUAUAAUGCACGUAGUCACCCACGAUCAGCAACAAUUUCAUACUCAACAGGGUACGGACAUCAUAACCAUAGUCAACAUAGUCAACAUGGUCAACAUAGUCACCAAAGUCAUCAUGGCCAUCAUUAUAACAAUUUAUAUGGAUCGAAAAUUGGCGUUGUUUAUGAUGUCGAAGUCUUAAAAUUUUGUAUUUUACAACAAAUAGAAUAUUAUUUCAGCCUUGAAAAUCUUUGCAAAGAUAUAUAUUUACGAAAUAAUAUGGAUUCUGAGGGUUAUGUUCCUAUUUCCUUGUUAGCUGGUUUCAACCGUGUUAAAGCUUUAACAUUGGAUGAAGCAUUUGUUCGUGAGGCUCUUCUCAUGAGUUAUAUUGUCGAGGUUAACGGAGACAAGGUUAGAAAACGAGAAGGUUGGGAAUUUUGGCUCUUACCAAAACAAGUAAGCGUAAUUACUUAUACUGCAGAAACCAUCCGGAGUUUUAUUGACUUUUAUCAAUGUUUUAAGCGAGAUCUUCCUCAGAAUGGAGAAAAAGAGCUCGCUCUAGAACAAACGAUAACGGAAUCUUCAAACGUUAAAGAAGUAAGCAAUUUAUUACAGGACGAGGAUGAAAACAAGGAAAAUCAGGAUAUGCCGACUAUUCCAGAGGACAAUUCUGAGGGCAAUCCCACUAGUAAUCCUUGGAUUCUUCAAACAAAAAAGCGUCGUACAUUAUCAUCACCGACUUUACCUCAUGUAUUGCUAAAGCAAACUGUUACAACAAUUUCUACUGAUGAAGAAGUUUUUCAGUUUGAUGAAGAAUGGACUGGUGAUUCAAGGAAUAAUACAGUUCAAAAAUAUUAUGCCACAUCGGAUGAGGAAGAUGACGACGAUGACGAAGAAAUAGACGAUGAUACUGUAGCAAGCAUUUUAAUUGUUACGCAAAAGAAGAGAGAUAAAAGUCAUGUACCUUUCGAAAGGAAGGCUAUGAAUGAUGAGAUUGUUGAAAUGAUUAAUGAAGGUUUAUAUCAUUACGAACAUGACUUACACAAAAAACGAGUAAAUAAUUCGUCUAAUAAUCGUAAAGUAGACAUUAUUAGCGAGGAACAAUUUACUUCAAUUAUUUCCUCGACCAAAUUACGUGAGGGAACAUCGAAUUCGAAUUCAGGAGCAAACCUAUCGAGUAAGGUUAUCACAACUGAAAAAGAUAAGAAAAGAAAGAAAAAAUCAACGCGUUUCUGGCCUGUAAAAGGGGUUCCACCACAAAUUCCGCUCAAUUCCAGUGUUAAGACAAACCAUAAACACAUACCUGAUACGCGUCAAUAUUAUGCUCAAGAUGCUGUUGGUUGGGUGCUUGGUGAUCAACCUUACCACCCACCUGAAGGAACGUCACCGCACUCACCUUCUCCUCAUAGCCAUAGUAAUGGAUCAUCAAUUAGUAAUUCAGAGCAAUUAUCUUCUUCAAUGGAUUUAGCACGCUCAUUCCCUCCUUUCCAACAUCCUAGUCACGACUUGCUUAAAGAGAAUGGAUUUAUUCAACACAAGUAUUAUAAAUAUCAUGCCAAGGCUUUGAAAGAACGCAAACGACAAGGAAUUGGACAGUCACAAGAGAUGAAUACACUCUUUAGAUUUUGGUCUCAUUUCCUUCGCGAACAUUUCAACAAACGCAUGUACUCUGAGUUUAAGAAACUCGCGGUUGAAGAUGCUAAUGCCAAUUAUCGUUAUGGUCUUGAAUGUUUAUUCCGGUUUUACUCAUAUGGCCUUGAGAAAAAAUAUCGCCAAGACCUAUUCGAUGAUUUUCAAGAGUUAACGUUAAAUGAUUACGAAAAUGAUUGUCUUUAUGGCCUCGAAAAGUUCUGGGCCUAUUUGUAUUAUAGAAAAGACGAGAAAAAGGUUGACGUAUGCGAUCAAUUAAAUAAAAUACUAGAAAAAUAUAAGAAUAUCGAUGAUUUUAAAACUGCUCAAAAGUCUGUGCAGCAAAAUUCAACGAUUCACCAUUAUACGACUCCUAAUCACCACAAUGCUCAUCAUUCAACAACUUCUUCAUCCUCUUUAAAUUCUCUUAACUCAAACUCUAUGGGUGGUUUUCCGCCCUUGGCGAUAGCCGCUUCACGAUAG